AUGCUCAGCUGGGCGAUUUCAACGCUGAAGAUUUCUAUCGUCGCACUUCUGUCACUUUUGAUUCCAUAUCUGAUCCAAAAUGAGUUUGCACGCUUCCGAAGCCGAAUCAAAGGUCUCCCGGGACCUCCGGGCUGGCCUGUAGUCGGGAAUCUAUUUCAAGUAUCUGCGAAGCUCCUCCCGAAAACAGUGCUAAAUUGGGUUCUAACUUCAUACCAGAACUCCAAAGAGGCUCCUGCUGAGACAUAUCGGAAGUGGGCAGGGAUAUACGGACCCGUCUUCCAAAUCCAACUUGGCAACACCACCGGCGUGGUCGUUAACACGGCCGAGUCUGCAAAGCAACUCUUUCUAGGCCAGCGCCAUGCGAUGAACUCCAGACCAACAUUUUACAUCUUCCACAAGAAAGUCAGCAAAGCUGUGACAAGUAUCGGUACAAGCCCUUGGGACGAAUCUUGCAAGCGUCGUCGGAAGGCUGCUGCUGGUGCACUGAACCGUCCGCGUGUAGAGAGCUAUGCACCGAUUCUUAACCUAGACGCAAGAGAGUUCCUCAGAGAUAUCUACUCGGAAAGUAGAGAUGGCUCAAUAGCGAUCGAUUUUCGCCCAGCUGUCCGCAGAUUCGCGCUCAACCUUAGUUUGACCCUCAACUACGGCACCCGCGUGUCCAACGUGACAUCUCUCAAAGAUGAUCCCUUGCUGGCCGAAAUCAUUUACGUAGAGUCAGAGAUAUCUAAGUUCCGAGACACCGGGAAGAACUAUGCCAACUACAUCCCUCUUCUUCGGUAUUGGGAACCAGUCGCCAACGCUUUUGGUCUCAAUUCCAGCCCUAAGGACCAUGCUACUAAUAUUGGACGUCGAAGGCUAGAGUACAAUGAUGUUCUACUGGACAAGCUGAGAGGAGAGGUCGAACGAGGAGACGACAAGCCUUGCAUCCAAGGGGCUGUGCUGAGAGACCCGGAGUCUGCAACACUUACUCGGCAGGAGUUGAUCAGCGUUAGCUUGAGUAUGAUGGCAGUAAGUAAUCUUGAAGCAAUGGGUUAG